CAGGAGGAGGCGGCGAACAUCCUCCGCAAGACGCACAAGAUUAAAGUCGCCGGCGCCGUGAACUCGUGCCCGCCGCCGCUCGCGACGUUCGAAGACCUGCGAACCGUGCACGGGCUCGGGCGCGCGAUGCUGCAGCGGCUUCGCGACGCGGGUUUUCACGAACCCACGCCGAUCCAGAGGCAGGCGAUACCCAUCCUGUUGGAGGGGAGCGAGCUGCUCGCGGUGGCGCCGACGGGGUCGGGCAAGACGCUAGCGUUUUUACUCCCGAUGGUGACCAAACUCGCCGCCAAGGACGACGAGGCGGGGGGACCGAGGGCGCUGCUGCUCUCGCCCACGAAGGAGCUCGCGCAGCAGUCGUUCAGGAUCCUCAAGUUGUUGUGCCGCGGGACCAACACUCUCAGGUGCGUUUGGUCGUCUGCGACGCAGAACAACGAGUUCGCCAAGGUGGACAUCCUCGUCGCCACCCCGCUCAGGCUGAAAUCCCUCAUCGAGAAGAACAAGGUGAGCCUCGGCGCCGUGCGGUACCUGGUGCUCGACGAGGCGGAUAAGCUCUUCGAGAUGGGCUUCGUCGAGCAGGUGGACGCGGCGGUGGCGGCGUGCGACGGGCCGAACAUCACCCGCGCUCUGUUCUCCGCGACGCUUCCAGAAACCGUCGAGAACCUCGCGAGAAGCGUCAUGACCCAGCCGAUCCGCCUCACCGUCGGCGAGCGCAACAGCGCGAGCGGCGCCAUCGCGCAGUCGCUGGUGUUUUGCGGGCAGGAGCGCGGCAAGCUCCUCGCGCUUCGACAGCUCAUCGACCGCGGGAUCAAGCCCCCGAUCAUCGUCUUCGUCCAGUCGAAGGAUCGCGCGAAGCAGCUCGCGAAGGAGCUCUCCGGCGACGGCCUGCACCUGGGCUUGAUACACGCGGCGAUGUCGGACGCGAAACGCAGAGCGCAGGUUGACCGAUUCCGCGCGGGGGACACGUGGGUUCUCGUCGCCACCGACCUGAUGGCGCGGGGAAUGGACUUUGUCGGCGUGAGCACGGUGAUAAACUACGAUUUCCCGGGCUCACCGCACUCGUACAUCCAUCGCAUCGGCCGGAGCGGCCGCGCGGGGCGGCCCGGGGCGGCGGUCACGCUCUUCACCGAGGAGGACGCCGACCGCGGCGACUUAAGAGCAAUCGCCAACGUGAUGAAGAACAGCGGUUGCGACGUGCCGGGAUGGAUGCUCGCGUCCGGGUCGCGCGAUCCCAGGGAUAGGCGCAAAAAACGCAAGGACGGGAAAGAGGACAACCCGCGUCGCGAACCCAUCGACACG